AUGUGCUGUCACUCAUGUCCCGCCAGACACCUGCUGUGCUUGACCUGGCUGAAUACACAGCAUGCUCUUGUGCUCAUUGACCUCCCCUAUGGCCUCACUCUGCUCAAGGGAAUCACUGAUGUUGAUCACUGGGAUGCUUGGGCCUACCCCACUGACAAGAUCCACCCUCUGAUCAACGCCAUCAAGCUCUGCAACAAGUCUGACCACUUUGUUGUUGUCCUCUUCUGUGAGCACUCCCACGCAGCUAGCUACAUGUGA